AUGAAAAUUUUAAGCAAGAAAAUAAUAAAGGGAGUAGGAUUUAUAAAAGUAAUUCCUGAAGAGGAUGAUGAUUUUUGCCAUAAAAGGGGAGAAAUUGUUAAGAAUCUCAUUGGUUAUCAUUGGGUUAAUUUCAUACAUAUGAAGUUGAAUUAAAAUAUAGAUAGUAAUUUAUAAAGAAAAUUGGGACAGAUUUCAUUAUGCAAUAUUAGAUUAAAUAAAACAAUAGGAAAUAUCAUCAGAAGCAGCAUUUAUAAUGGAAGAAGGAGUAGGUCAUUUAUGUUUGAUUGGAUCAGCAACAACAAGAUUGAAAUAAAAGGUAGAAAAACAAAUAUAAAAAAAAGGAAUUAGAAUGAAUAAAGAGAAAAGGCAAUGGAAGAAUUCUUUAGGGCAUCUUUAGUUGCCUUGGAAUAAGAUCAAUCAUUUGAAUAAAUUAAAUGUUUGAUAGUAGCAUCUCCAGGGUUUAAAAUUAUAGAUUUGUUAAGGAUGAUUUCUAUUUAUUUUUGAAGU